GGUUUGAUGUUCUUGCCAUUCUUGUAACAUUGUCUGCACUAUUCAGACAUUGGCUUCAAUGGGGUUUGCAACUUUCUUUCCCACCCCUCUCCCUCACAGGGGAACCCCACCAACAAAAUCUCAAUCACUUAACCCCUUUUUUCCUUCCUCUUUUAUUCCAGUAACAAUCAAACCCUCAAGAUCUCAAUUUCAUAUUCUCUUUGAUUCAUUCAACCACAAUUUCGUCCAAGAACUCGAAAAUUGUCACGAACCAGUUAAUGGGGUUUAUCAAACCGAGUCCCCUGACCCACCCCAGAGGGUAUUCAUCCAAGACUCACCUUGGAUUUUGAACGACUUGUUGAUGAAGGAUAUUGAGGAGGAGAAGCACAAUUUGCUGAGGAGGAGGCAGAUUCAAAUGGAGACCGAAGCGUUGGAGAAUAUGGUGGAGGAGUACAGAGAGAUAGAGAGACAAAUGCGUGAGAAGAAUCUGAUUCCCAAUUUGCCUCACGUAAAGGCUCUAUUUUUGGGGUGGUUUGACCCUCUCAAAGAGGCCAUAGAGGCAGAGCAGAAGUCAAAAAGGACGAAGAAGCACAAAGCGGCAUUUGCACCCCACAUUGAUUCAUUGCCUGCGGCAAAAUUGGCUGUAAUUGUCAUGCACAAGCUGAUGGCUUUGGUGAGUAUGGAGUAUCAUCAUGCUGGUUGUGUUCUCCUUGUGGAUGCUGCUGUUCAGAUUGGUAUGGCUGUGGAACAGGAGGUUAGGAUUCAUAACUUCCUGGAAAAGACUAGAACUCGCAAGAGUAAGAAAACAGAGGCUGACCGUGAAGACUGUACGGAUAAUGAUACACAAAAAUUAAGGAAACAUGUAAAUGGUUUGAUUAAAAGAAGAAGACUUAAACAGGUUCAGAUGCUAUUGAAAGAGGAAGAAUGUGGCCCUUGGGGGCGUGAUACCCAAGCUAAGCUGGGAUGUCGAUUAAUAGAUUUAUUAAUUCAAACAGCAUUUGUACACUCUCCAAUUAAUCAGUCUGCUGACACUCCACCUGAUAUUCGACCAGCAUUCAGGCAUAGAUUUAAAGUUAUAUCAAGGAAUCCAGAGCAAAAGAUUUUGAAGAAUUAUGGUGUUAUAGAAUGUGAUCCCUUAAUCCUUGCUGGGAUGGAUAAAUCUGUUAAGCAUAUGUUAAUGCCUUACAUGCCAAUGCUAGUACCUCCAAAAAAGUGGAAAGGGUAUGAAAAUGGUGGCUAUUUGUUCUUGACAUCUUAUAUCAUGCGCACUCAUGGAUCCAAGAAGCAGCAAGAUGUAAUGAAAAAUGUUGGAAGGAAACAAUUGCGAAAAGUUUUUGAGGCCCUGGAUACACUUGGCAGCACCAAAUGGCGAGUAAAUGGAAGAUUACUUGGUGUUGUGGAGCACCUCUGGGCUGCAGGAGGUAACGUUGCAGGUUUGAUUGACCGCAAAGAUGUUCCUAUACCAGAGAGGCCACCUAUAGAGGAAUUAAAACAAAUUCAGGAAUGGAAGUGGAGUGUAAGGAAGGCAGAAAAAAUUAAUCUAGAGAGACAUUCUCUAAGAUGUGACACGGAACUCAAGCUUUCUGUGGCUCAGAAAAUGAAAGAGGAGGAAGGCUUUCAUUAUCCCCACAAUAUUGACUUCCGUGGUAGAGCAUAUCCCAUGCACUCUCAUUUGAAUCAUUUAAGUUGUGAUCUAUGUCGAGGAUUGCUUGAGUUUUCUGAAGGGCGCCCAUUAGGAAAGUCUGGACUACACUGGCUGAAAAUACACUUGGCAAAUUUAUAUGCUGGGGGUAUUGAAAAGCUGUCUUAUGAUGAACGCCUGGCUUUUGUAGAGAAUCAUCUCCGUGAUAUAUUUGACUCUGCUGAUAACCCUAUUAAUGGAAAUCGGUGGUGGUUAAGGGCCGAGGAUCCUUUCCAGUGCCUUGCUGCUUGUAUUAAUCUGUCAGAAGCCUUAAGAAGCUCGUCACCAAAUUCUGUUCUCUCACACCUGCCAAUUCAUCAGGAUGGUUCCUGUAAUGGCUUACAACACUAUGCUGCUUUGGGAAGAGAUUCUCUGGAGGCUGCUGCUGUUAACUUGGUGGCUAGUGAGAGACCAGCUGAUGUUUACUCAGAGAUUGCUGUUAGGGUUCAUGAUAUUAUGAGAAGAGACAGUAACAAAGACCCAGCUGUCUAUCCAAAUGCUUUGUUGGCAAGAGUUUUAAUUGAUCAGAUUGACAGAAAGCUGGUCAAGCAGACAGUGAUGACCUCAGUUUAUGGCGUUACUUUUGUUGGGGCACGAGAGCAAAUGAAGAGAAGAUUACAGGAGAAAGGCCUUAUUAAUGAUGAACAACUUUUAUUUACUGCAGCUUGCUAUGCUGCUAAAGUGACAUUAACUGCCCUUGGAGAAAUUUUUGGAGCGGCACGUGUCAUUAUGGGUUGGCUUGGUGAUUGCGCAAAGGUGAUUACUUCUGAAAAUCAUCCUGUUAGUUGGACCACUCCUCUUGGUCUUCCAGUUAUACAACCAUACUGUAAAACUGAGCGUCAUCUGAUCAAAACAUCUCUUCAAUUUUUGGCUUUGAGACGAGAGGGUAACACAGUAGAUGCCAAGAAACAGAGAUCUGCAUUUCCCCCGAACUUCAUACAUUCACUAGACAGUUCACACAUGAUGAUGACUGCUCUUGCCUGUAGGGAUGCUGGUUUAUGUUUUGCAGGGGUUCAUGACUCGUUUUGGACACAUGCAUGUGACGUGGAGAAAAUGAGUCACAUUCUUAGAGAAAAGUUUGUGGAGCUUUAUAACAUGCCAAUACUUGAAAAUUUGUUGGAAGGCUUUGAGACAUCACACCCGAGAUUAGCUUUCCCUCCUGUGCCAGAGAGAGGUGAUUUUGACUUGGGGAAGGUUCUCGAGUCUCCAUACUUCUUCAACUGAAAGUUCCUUCAAAGGAAGCUAUUACAAGAUUCCCUGGAAGUGUUGUUGCCUUCACUUUUGAGGCAAAAUAGUUCAGAAUCUUCUGCUUCUGAGACAACACUUCAUCCGGUCGGAAGUUGUACUUCAAAGAAAGACCCCAAGUUGUUUUUGGGAAAGGCCUGGAAAGAAGUCUCGUGUUGCUAGAAUGCUCAAAACAAUACUUAUUUGGCUGGUUUAAGAAGAACGAAGCUUUCAUCAUUUUUUACAUAUCUAUUAUUGGCGAUUUCCUCCACUCAAACUGGGUUUGCAGGAAAGCUUAAGCACAAUGCGGAGGAGCUGAAGACCUUAGCUGAUUUUGAUAAUGUAAACCAUUUUCUAUCUGUUUACCUGUGCUAUAAUGUAUGAAUAUCUGUAUUACAUCAAAGAUUGAAAGAUAGAUCGUUAGGCAUAGAAUAAAUCAUUUUUGUAACAUGUACAUAGAGUUAUUCAUUUCAUUAACUUCAAUUAUAUAUUAAAAUUUUAUCAAGAUUGAA